GGAAACUCGAUAGGAGGCCGCAGCUGGUCUCUCAUCGCCUAAAAAUAAUCCGCUGGGGCGCACUGCGCGCUCGCGGGCCGGGAGGACAGCUUGUCAUCCGAGGCAAUCUGUGUCCUGGUUGGAAAUUUGCACCCUAAGAGUGUGCGAAGGCAUCUGGACUGUUUGGAAGCUGGCCGGUAGGGCGGGGGGGGGGGCGUCUGAAGCAUCGAAUCAAGCUCAAGCCUCACUGUUGUUCUUUGAUGUGUUCGUCAGACACAUUCUUCUUUGAGAAACAGCUUUUCCACUUUACAAAGAAUAAACCAAAUACGAAGAAAUGAGUCUUUCAUUUUGUGGCAAUAACAUCUCCUCAUAUAACAUCUUUGAUGGGGUGCUACAAAACCCCUGCUUUGUGGACGCUCUCAACCUGGUCCCUCAUGUCUUCCUGCUGUUUAUCACAUUUCCGAUACUGUUUAUUGGAUGGGGGAGCCAAAGCUCUAAAGUGCAAAUUCAUCACAACACGUGGCUUCACUUUCCUGGCCACAAUCUCAGAUGGAUCCUCACCUUUGCCCUCCUUUUCGUGCAUGUGUGUGAGAUAGCAGAGGGCAUUGUCUCGGACUCACGGCGGGAGUCCAGGCAUCUCCAUCUCUUUAUGCCUGCUGUGAUGGGAUUUGUUGCCACAACCACAUCUAUAGUGUAUUAUCAUAAUAUUGAAACUUCCAAUUUUCCUAAAUUACUUUUAGCCCUGUUCCUGUACUGGGUUAUGGCCUUCAUUACCAAGACAAUCAAGCUGGUGAAGUACUGGCAGUCUGGGUGGGGGGUGUCAGACCUGCGUUUCUGCAUCACAGGUGUGAUGGUCAUCUUGAAUGGGCUGCUGAUGGCCGUGGAGGUCAACGUCAUCCGGAUUCGAAGGUAUGUCUUCUUCAUGAACCCUCAGAAGGUAAAGCCUCCAGAAGACCUCCAGGACCUGGGUGUGAGGUUCCUUCAGCCAUUUGUGAACUUACUGUCGAAAGCAACAUACUGGUGGAUGAACACGCUCAUCAUAUCUGCUCAUAAGAAACCGAUUGACCUGAAGGCAAUUGGGAAAUUGCCAAUAGCAAUGCGGGCGGUGACAAAUUAUGUCUGUCUGAAAGAUGCCUAUGAAGAACAGAAGAAAAAAGCAGCAGAUCAUCCGAAUCGGACUCCAUCCAUAUGGCUGGCCAUGUACAGAGCUUUUGGACGUCCGAUUCUACUAAGCAGCACGUUCCGUUACCUGGCAGACCUGCUCGGCUUCGCUGGGCCUCUCUGUAUCUCUGGAAUAGUCCAGCGUGUGAAUGAGACCCAGAAUGGGACGAGCAGCCCAACAGGAACAUCCGAAACCCUCUCGUCGAAGGAAUUUCUUGAGAACGCGUACGUGCUGGCAGUUCUUCUCUUCUUGGCACUCAUCCUACAGCGGACUUUCUUGCAGGCUUCCUACUACGUAACUAUCGAGACGGGCAUCAACCUCCGUGGAGCUCUGCUGGCCAUGAUAUACAAUAAAAUCCUUAGACUCUCUACAUCUAACCUCUCCAUGGGCGAGAUGACCCUGGGACAGAUCAACAACCUGGUUGCCAUUGAGACCAAUCAGCUCAUGUGGUUCUUAUUCCUGUGCCCCAACCUGUGGGCCAUGCCUGUGCAGAUCAUCAUGGGCGUGAUCCUCCUCUACAACCUGCUUGGGUCGAGCGCCCUGGUGGGUGCGGCGGUCAUUGUGCUCCUUGCACCGAUCCAGUACUUCAUCGCUACGAAGUUGGCGGAAGCUCAGAAAAGCACGCUCGACUACUCCACUGAAAGGCUGAAGAAGACAAAUGAGAUACUGAAAGGCAUCAAACUCCUGAAGCUGUACGCCUGGGAGCACAUUUUCUGCAAGAGCGUGGAGGAGACCAGAAUGAAAGAGCUGUCUAGUCUCAAGACCUUUGCGCUUUACACGUCCCUCUCCAUCUUCAUGAAUGCGGCAAUCCCCAUCGCGGCCGUUCUUGCUACCUUUGUGACACAUGCAUACGCCAGCGGGAACACUCUAAAACCUGCAGAGGCCUUUGCCUCCCUGUCUCUCUUUCAUAUCCUUGUCACGCCAUUGUUCCUGCUCUCCACGGUGGUUAGAUUUGCAGUCAAGGCCAUCAUAAGCGUUCAGAAGCUGAACGAGUUUCUCUUGAGUGACGAGAUUGGGGACGACAGCUGGCGGACAGGGGACGGCGCUGGGCCCUUCGAGCCCUGCAAGAAGCACACUGGCGUGCAUUCAAAAACCAUAAACAGGAAGCAGCCUGGAAGAUUCCACCUGGACAGCUACGAGCAGUCACGCCGUCUGCGGCCCACAGAGACAGAGGACAUUGCAAUAAAGGUGACAAAUGGAUAUUUUUCAUGGGGCAGUGGUUUGGCUACAUUAUCCAAUAUAGACAUUCGAAUUCCAACAGGGCAGUUAACCAUGAUUGUGGGCCAAGUGGGAUGUGGGAAAUCUUCUCUUCUCCUUGCCAUCCUUGGUGAGAUGCAGACCUUGGAAGGAAAAGUUCACUGGAGCAAUGUAAAUGAAUCUGAGCCUUCUUUUGAAGCAACCAGAAGCAGGAGCAGGUAUUCUGUGGCUUACGCGGCUCAGAAGCCUUGGCUGCUAAAUGCUACGGUGGAGGAGAACAUUACUUUCGGAAGUCCUUUCAACAGACAGAGGUACAAAGCUGUCACCGAUGCCUGCUCCCUGCAGCCAGAUAUUGACUUGUUACCCUUCGGAGACCAAACAGAAAUUGGAGAAAGGGGCAUCAACCUGAGUGGAGGACAGAGACAAAGGAUCUGUGUAGCACGAGCUCUCUAUCAAAAUACCAACAUUGUCUUCUUGGAUGACCCAUUUUCUGCCCUGGACAUCCACUUGAGUGAUCAUUUAAUGCAGGAAGGGAUCCUGAAAUUUCUGCAGGAUGAUAAAAGGACCCUGGUUCUUGUGACUCACAAAUUGCAGUAUCUGACGCACGCUGACUGGAUCAUAGCCAUGAAAGAUGGAAGCGUGUUAAGAGAAGGAACCUUGAAAGACAUUCAGACCAAAGACGUUGAGCUUUAUGAGCACUGGAAGACGCUCAUGAAUCGGCAAGACCAAGAACUGGAAAAGGACAUGGAAGCCGACCAGACAACAUUAGAGAGGAAAACCCUCCGAAGAGCCAUGUACUCAAGAGAGGCCAAGGCCCAGAUGGAGGACGAAGAUGAAGAAGAGGAGGAGGAGGAAGAUGACGAUGACAACAUGUCGACCGUAAUGCGGCUCAGGACGAAGAUGCCGUGGAAGACCUGCUGGUGGUACCUCACUUCCGGAGGGUUCUUCCUGCUGUUCCUGAUGAUCUUCUCUAAGCUUCUCAAGCACUCGGUCAUUGUGGCCAUAGACUACUGGCUGGCGACAUGGACCUCAGAGUACAGCAUAAACAACACUGGGAAAGCUGACCAGACUUACUACGUAGCUGGCUUCAGCAUACUUUGUGGAGCUGGCAUUUUCCUUUGCCUGGUCACAUCUCUGACGGUAGAAUGGAUGGGUCUCACAGCUGCCAAAAAUCUCCACUACAAUCUUCUCAAUAAAAUAAUUCUUGGACCAAUAAGGUUCUUUGACACGACGCCCCUCGGUCUGAUUCUCAAUCGCUUCUCUGCUGAUACAAAUAUCAUUGACCAGCACAUCCCUCCAACGCUGGAAUCGCUGACUCGGUCCACCCUGCUCUGCCUGUCUGCUAUCGGGAUGAUCUCCUAUGCUACCCCCGUGUUCCUGGUCGCUCUCGUGCCCCUUGGGGUUGCCUUUUAUUUUAUCCAGAAGUACUUCCGGGUUGCCUCUAAGGACCUUCAGGAGCUCGAUGACAGCACCCAGCUGCCUCUGCUGUGCCACUUCUCAGAAACAGCCGAAGGUCUCACCACCAUCCGGGCCUUCCGGCACGAAACCAAAUUCAAGCAGCGCAUGCUGGAACUGACAGACACGAACAACAUUGCCUACUUAUUUCUCUCAGCUGCCAACAGAUGGCUGGAGGUCAGGACGGACUAUCUGGGAGCGUGCAUCGUCCUCACAGCAUCUAUUGCCUCCAUUAGUGGGUCUUCCAACUCCGGCCUGGUGGGCUUGGGGCUCCUGUACGCCCUUACGAUAACCAAUUACUUGAAUUGGGUUGUGAGGAACUUGGCUGACCUGGAGGUCCAGAUGGGCGCAGUGAAGAAAGUGAACAGUUUCUUGAGUAUGGAGUCUGAGAACUAUGAAGGCACCAUGGAUCCUUCCCAAGUUCCCGAACAGUGGCCACAGGAAGGAGAAAUCAAGAUUCAUGAUCUGUGUGUCAGAUAUGAAAACAACCUGAAACCUGUUCUCAAGCAUGUCAAGGCUUACAUCAAGCCUGGGCAAAAGGUGGGCAUCUGUGGCCGCACUGGCAGUGGAAAGUCAUCCUUAUCUCUGGCUUUCUUCAGAAUGGUUGACAUAUUUGAUGGAAAGAUUGUCAUUGAUGGGAUUGACAUCUCCAAGCUACCCUUGCACACACUGCGCUCCAGACUUUCCAUCAUCUUGCAAGAUCCAAUACUAUUCAGCGGUUCGAUUAGGUUCAAUUUAGAUCCAGAAUGCAAGUGCACAGAUGACAGACUCUGGGAAGCGUUAGAAAUUGCCCAACUGAAAAAUAUGGUCAAAUCUCUACCGGGAGGCCUAGAUGCGGUUGUCACAGAAGGUGGAGAGAAUUUUAGCGUUGGACAAAGACAGCUGUUUUGCCUGGCCAGGGCCUUUGUCCGUAAGAGUAGCAUUCUCAUCAUGGACGAAGCCACAGCUUCGAUUGACAUGGCCACGGAAAACAUCUUGCAGAAAGUAGUGAUGACAGCCUUUGCAGACCGCACCGUUGUCACCAUAGCUCAUCGAGUCCACACCAUCCUGACGGCAGACCUGGUGAUCGUGAUGAAGCGAGGGAAUAUUUUAGAAUAUGACACUCCAGAAAGCCUCCUGGCCCGGGAAGAUGGAGUAUUUGCCUCUUUCGUACGUGCAGACAUGUGACAGGAUGUCUUCCAAUGACGUCCUUACAUCGUCAUCUUACUAUGUGAAAUCACGUAUGUUUCAUCAGCUUAACCCAUGUCUAGUGGCAUCUCAAACUUUUGCAGUUUUACAGGAAGUUGACUGUUCAGUUUCCUGGUUUUGUUUAACAACUUUCUAAGAUAUUACUACUAAAUGUGUUCACCACUGGUGUUUUCUUAAUGAUCAAACCACUUUAACAAAGCAUGUAAGCUAUUUUAAGAAGCAAACCAAUAGUUUAUGUUAUAACUUUGGUAAAUAUCUCUCAAGCAUAGAAAUUGAAAUGAGUAAUCAAUUACAUCACAGACUUUCUAGGAAGAAUAAAUUUCCUUUAUUGUUAGGUUAUCCAAGUUUUAUAAGAUGAGAAUAAAAGAAAGAUUUGUCUUAUUUUUUUAAUGAAACAAACUUAUUACCUUAGGAGAUUAUUACCUGUAUUCACUAACAAAUUACUUCAAUGGUCUUUUAUUUCUUUUAAGUUAUUUAUCACAAAGAAGUUAACACAGUUAUGAUAUUCUCACAAAGCCAAGAUCAUGAAAAAUAUUCAGAUUUUUUUUUUUUUAAUCAUGGGCUUUUUCCAUUUUUAUCUAUCCCAGGUAGAGAAAAUUUCUUAAUACUAAGGUUCAGAGGAGCCAGGCAUGGAGGUCACACCUUUAAUUCCAGAACUCACAAGGCUGAGGUAGGAGAAUAGCUGUGACUUUGAGGCCAGUCUGGGCUAGAGUGAGACCCUACCUCAAAAUUAAU